UUGUAUCCAACUGUCAUGGCGGCUCCCUGGUUCAGGGGGAUUUCACGGUGAAACUCGGUACGAACUGCUUUUCCAGGAUGAAUUGAACAGGUGAACUAUUUCAGGUAUGCUUAUCAUGUCUGCAGUGAUGCUGCGCACGCGUGUGCUCGUCCGCGCUGACCUGUGUCUCCUAAGACAUUUCCUGACUCCGCCCCUUCGCAGCUGUCCUGACCGAAGCCCCGCCCCUCUGCUCACCUGUCUACAGAAYAGGAAUUUUGCUAUGAAACAGGUCAAAGGUCAGAGGAAGCAGAAGAUGAAACAGAGCAAACAGGUGGUGGAGGUCAGAGACAGGAUGACAGCGGCGGAGCUCGCUGCAGCCAUGAACAAAGACUUCGACCACAUCCUGGAGGCGCUGGUCAACACCUCUGUGAACCUGGACUCUCUGCGUCCAUACUCAGUUCUGGACAAGAAGUGGAUCGAGAAAGUGCUGACCCUGUCAGGAAUGAAGUUCAAAUGGACCAAAGUGCAUGAGGAACGAGAGCGGGCCAACAGAGACGCCCAUCCCAGGCCUCCAGCAGACCCAUCGCUCCUGGUAAGUCGGCCUCCGGUGGUGACMAUCAUGGGUCAUGUAGACCACGGGAAAACCACACUGCUGGACAGCCUCAGGAAGAGUCAGAUCGUGUCCACUGAGGCUGGAGGGAUCACUCAGCACAUCGGAGCCUUCAGGGUUCAGCUGCCUACAGGUGAGAAGAUCACCUUCCUGGACACACCUGGUCACGCAGCCUUCUCCUCCAUGAGAGCUCGUGGAGCUAACUCCACUGACAUCGUCAUCCUGGUGGUGGCAGCCGACGAUGGUGUGAUGAACCAGACUGUUGAGUCCAUCCAGCACGCCAAGAGAGCCAAAGUUCCAAUCAUUGUGGCGGUGAAUAAAUGUGACAAACCCAAGGCGGACCCUGAGAGAGUCAAACGGGAGCUUCUGGCCCACGACGUCGUCUGCGAGGACUUUGGAGGAGACAUCCAGGCCAUCAAUAUCUCUGCUCUGAAGGGUGACAACCUGCUGGGUCUGGCUGAGGCMACGGUGGCGCUGGCUGAGCUUAUGGAGCUAAAAGCGGACCCCACUGGUCCUGUGGAGGGGCUGAUCAUUGAGAGCAGAACUGAUAAAGGCAAAGGACCCGUAACGACAGCCAUCAUCCAGCGGGGGGUUCUGAAGCGAGGCUGUGUUCUGGUUGCAGGGAAGUCCUGGGCUAAAGUCCGCUUCCUGUACGAUGAGAAUGGGCAGGUGGUGAAGGAGGCGGAGCCAAGCACUCCCAUUCAGGUGGUCGGCUGGAAGGACACGCCAUCUGUUGGAAAGACUAUCCUGGAGGUCGAGUCCGAGCAGCGAGCGAGGGAGGUGGUGGAGUGGAGGAGUUACCAGGAGGAGCAGCAGAAGCUUGUGGAGGAGCAGAGCGCCAUCGAGCUGAAACAGAAGCUGCACCAGGAGGAGUACCAGCAGUCUAGGGAGGGGCUAACUCACCUGAACUGGAGAGAAAGGCGGAAAAUAUUUCGGUCCCGGACUAAGUCCAUUGUGAGAGUGAGUGAGAAGACGCAGAGCAAGGAGCUCAGCCUGCCAGUCAUCAUCAAAGGUGAUGUGAACGGCUCGGUGGAAACGCUCCUGAACAUCCUGGACACCUACGAUGCGCAGCAGGAGUGCCAGCUGGAGGUGGUCCACUUCGGUAUUGGAGAUGUGUCUGAGAAUGAUGUCAACAUGGCCAAAACAUUCGGAG